ACAAUUAGAGAGGGGUGGGGACAGUGUGAUCUCCAGUGAUGUGCAGAAUGGCAGAGAGGGUGGGCGGUUGGACUGUCAAACUGCCUUAAUUUAAUUGCAAACACAUGCUGAUGAGUCCCCUCCUCCUGGACCUCAGGGCUGGGAAACUUUUUUUGUCAGCUCCCUGCAGCUCAGAAUUGAGGCAAAUACGCUCCAGCAAACACCAUGCUGAUCAAACCUUCAGUUCUUGGAGGCUUUUUGUAUUUUCUCCUCCUGCCCGGUUUCUCCUGCUCCUGCCCCAGCCGCUGCCUGUGCUUCAGGACUACAGUGAGAUGCAUGCAUCUGAUGCUGGAAACCAUCCCCGAGAUCCCGCCCCAGACAAACAUUCUAGAUUUACGCUUCAACCACAUCAAGGAGAUACGACCUGGAGCCUUCAGAAGACUCAAGAACCUCAACACACUGCUGCUGAACAAUAACCAGAUAAAACAAAUUGUGAGAAGAUCCUUUGAAGAUCUGGAGAACCUGAAAUACCUCUACCUUUACAAAAAUGAAAUCCAGAGCAUCCAGCAGCAUGCCUUCCACGGGCUCCGCUCCCUGGAGCAGCUGUACCUGCAUUUCAACAACCUGGAAAGUCUGGAGCUGGAGACUUUUAGUGACCUUCCUAAACUUGAAAGGCUAUUCUUGCACAACAACAAGAUUGCCAGGAUUCAUCCAGGGACAUUCUCUCAACUGGAAUCCCUCAAACGCCUGCGGCUGGACUCCAACUCGCUGCUGUGUGACUGCGACCUGCUGUGGCUGGCAGAGCUGCUGAAGCAGCACGCAGAGCAGGGCAGCAUCCAGAGCGCUGCCACCUGCGAGGCUCCGCGGGACCUGCACGGCCGCUCCAUCGCCUCCCUGACCGCCCGCGAGCUCAACUGCGAGAGGCCUCGAAUAACCUCAGAGCCCCACGACGUCGAUGUGCUCCUGGGAAACACAGUUUAUUUCACCUGCAGGGCAGAAGGAAACCCAAAGCCUGCCAUCAUUUGGCUGCACAACAAUAAUAAGAUUGACAUGAAAGAUGACAACCGCCUGAACCUGUUGCAAGAUGGUACCUUGAUGAUCCAGAACACCAAGGAGUCGGACAAAGGCGUCUACCAGUGCAUGGCCAAGAACAUUGCUGGGGAGGUCAAGACGCAGGAAGUCGUGCUGCGCUAUUUUGGCACCCCAUCCAAGCCCACUUUUGUGAUCCAGCCACAGAACACUGAAGUACUGGUUGGGGAAAGUGUCACCCUGGAGUGUGGGGUCUCUGGGCACCCCCACCCUCGCAUCAGCUGGACCCUUGGCACGGGCUCUCCUCUGCCACAGGACUCCCGUUUCACCAUCACCAGCUCUGGAGGGCUCUUCAUCCAGAACGUCACCUUCUCGGACCAGGGGCAGUACAACUGCAAUGCCAGCAACUCCGAGGGAUCCAUCCAGGCCACAGCAAGGAUCAUCGUGCAAGAUUCUCCCAGGUUUCUCGUCAUUCCCACGGAUCAGACAGUAACUGAGGGACAAAGUGUGGAUUUCCCCUGCUCUGCUGAGGGUCACCCUCCCCCAGUGAUUACCUGGACAAGGGCAGGUGGGCCCUUGCCGAGUGACCGGAGGCACAGUGUGCUGGCCACGGGCACCCUGCGGGUGGGACGGGUGGCCCUGCACGACCACGGGCAGUAUGAGUGCCACGCCAUCAGCGCCAUCGGCGUCAGGACGCUCCCGGUGCAGCUCUCCGUGACCCCGCGAGUGAUCCCCGUGUUCCUCCAUCCCCCCCAAGACCUGGUGGCAGAGACAGGCCAGGACGUUUCCAUUUCCUGCACUGCCCAGGGAGACCCUCGGCCCACCAUCACCUGGGUCAAGGAGGGCAUCCAGAUCACAGAGAGUGGCAAGUUCCACAUCAGCCAGGAUGGGACCCUCUCCAUUCAGGACCUGGGUGUGGCAGACCAGGGCAGAUACGAGUGCAUAGCAAGGAACCCCUUUGGCUUCACCUCGAGCGCCAUGCAGCUCACCAUCACCGCCACGGACGUGGGUCGGAGCGGGGACACGUUUGUGGCCACGUCGCUGCGCGAGGCCAUCAGCAGCGUGGACCACGCCAUCAACUCCACACGUACCGAGCUCUUCAGCAAGCGCCCCAAGACUCCCAAUGACCUCCUGGCUCUGUUCCGCUACCCGAGGGACCCCUACACCAUCGAGACAGCCAGGGCAGGGGAGAUCUUUGAAAGGACCCUGCAGCUGAUUCAGGAGCACGUGCAGCAAGGGCUGAUUGUGGACAUGAAUGUCACAGGCUAUCGCUACAAUGACCUGGUGUCCCCUCACUACCUGACCAUGAUCGCCAACCUGUCGGGCUGCUCCGCGCACCGCCGCACGCCCAACUGCUCCGACAUCUGCUUCCACAAGAAGUACAGGACCCACGACGGCUCUUGUAACAACCUCCAGCACCCCAUGUGGGGUGCAUCCCUCACAGCCUUCCAGAGGCUCCUCAAACCUGCCUACCAGAAUGGAUUUAACCUGCCCCGAGGGUUUUCCUUGGCGGAAGAUUCCAGGGAUCUGCCCCUUCCUCUACCUCGCCUUGUGUCCACUGCCAUGAUCGGGACCGAGACCAUCACCCCCGAUGACCAGUUCACACACAUGCUCAUGCAGUGGGGCCAGUUCCUGGACCACGACAUGGACCAGACGGUGGCAGCCAUCAGCAUGUCCCGUUUCUCAGACGGAGCCCCUUGCAGCGAGGUGUGCACCAACGACCCUCCCUGCUUCUCCAUCACUGUCCCUGCCAACGACCCCCGCGUGCGGAACGGGCGCUGCAUGUUCUUUGUGCGCUCGAGCCCCGUGUGUGGCAGUGGGAUGACCUCCCUGCUGAUGAACUCUGUCUAUGCCAGGGAGCAGAUCAACCACCUGACAUCCUACAUCGACGCCUCCAACGUUUACGGCAGCACGGAGCAGGAAUCGCGGGAGCUGCGUGAUCUGAGCAGCCAGAAAGGGCUGCUGAAGCGAGGGCAAGUUGUGCCCAGCUCGGGGAAGCACCUCCUUCCCUUUGCCGUGGGGCCACCCACAGAGUGCAUGAGGGAUGAGAAUGAGAGCCCCGUGCCCUGCUUCCUGGCGGGAGACCACCGUGCCAACGAGCAGCUGGGGCUCACGGCCAUGCACACGCUGUGGUUCAGGGAGCACAACCGCGUUGCCACCGAGCUGGCCGCCCUCAACCCGCACUGGGACGGGGACCUCCUGUACCACGAGGCACGGAAGAUUGUGGGUGCCCAGAUGCAGCACAUCACCUACGCCCAGUGGCUGCCCAAGGUCCUCGGGGAGGCGGGGAUGAAGAUGCUGGGUGAGUACAAAGGCUACAACCCCAACGUCAACGCGGGGAUUCUCAACGCCUUUGCCACGGCCGCUUUCCGCUUUGGGCACACCUUGAUCAACCCCAUCCUGUACCGGCUGAACGAGACCUUCCAGCCCAUCCGACAAGGCCACGUCCCCCUGCACAAGGCCUUCUUCUCCCCUUUCAGGAUCAUGCAGGAAGGGGGGAUCGACCCUCUCCUCCGUGGGCUGUUUGGGGUUCCUGGGAAAAUGCGGGUGCCCUCUGAACUCCUCAACAUGGAGCUGACAGAGAAGCUGUUCUCCAUGGCACACUCUGUGUCACUGGACUUGGCUGCUAUCAACAUCCAGAGAGGACGAGACCACGGCAUCCCACCCUACAACGACUUCAGGGUCUUCUGCAACCUCUCCUCAGCACAGGAGUUUGAGGACCUCCGAAAUGAGAUAAAGAACUUGGAGAUCAGAGAAAAGCUCAGGAGUUUAUAUGGGACUACCAAAAAUAUUGACCUGUUUCCAGCACUUAUGGUGGAGGAUCUUGUCCCUGGGACCAGAGUGGGACCAACACUGAUGUGCCUGUUAACAACUCAGUUCAGAAGGCUGAGGGAUGGAGACAGAUUUUGGUAUGAGAACCCCGGAGUGUUCACACCGGCGCAGCUGACUCAGAUCAGACAGGCGUCCCUGGCUCGUGUCAUCUGUGACAACAGUGACCACAUCCAGCAGCUGCAGAGAGACGUGUUCCAGGUGGCAUCAUACCUGCAGGGCAUGGUCAGCUGUGAGGAGAUUCCUGCCGUGGACCUCCGCCUGUGGCAGGACUGUUGUGAGGACUGCCGGACACGAGGGCAAUUCAGGGCUCUUUCGCAGCGGUUCCGAAGCAAGAGGUCUCCUGGCUUCAGCUACCCAGAGGAAAACCCUGCAAAGCACAAGCCUGCCUUGCCCAGAGAUGAGGCACCCUCUCCAAGCUCUUCCUCCAGAGAGAACCUUGAGUCCCUUGUGGCUGAACUGGAGAAGACAGUCACUUCCCUACGGAAACAGGUGAAUGCACUAGAGAGCCAGCUGAGGUGGCACCACAGGAACACCAGCACACGUGGACAGGGCAAGAAGAUUGGGGACGAAUGGAGAAAAAGAUGACCACAUUGCCUCCUUGUAUAAGGUGCCCUGUGACCUGCACUCCUGCUCUCCAGCCAGUCCAACCCUCCCCUACAGGGCUCAGAGAGCCACCAUGAGACCCCCUGGUGCUGUGCCUGCUCUCACACCUCCUGUACCACUCCCUGUCCCAGGACCACUGUACUUUUGCUGUAUUGAACCCUCUGCACUGACUGACUACAAGCCCCUCAGCCCCUGGACGCUUCCUGCCCUUGUCAGCCUCCCAGGGAUGGGCUCUGCCCUCGAUGGUGACAGCCCAGAGUCUGCCAAGGUGCCUCUUCCCUCCACAGUCCCCAGGAAAUAGAGACAAUUUGAAGCUGCUUUAAUGCACUGUUUACUCUGCUCCUCUUCCCAUGCACUGCUGUUAUCCAUCACCCACCAGCCCUCGUGUGAACUGUCCCCUGGACACCCAUCCACAACAAUUCAUUAAGAGGCUCAACCUUCCUCAAAUGCACUGUGGGGCCAGGAAACAUCUGGAGAAAUCAGUUUUAAAAAAAGACAAAGAAACACGAAGCCCAGAAGAAACCCCAGCCAUCUUCUGAUGCCAUCAGAAGACCAAGAGGAACCUCAGGGUUGGGUGUUUCAGGAUGGCCAGGUACAGUGUGGCCACCCUGGAUCUCCAGCUGGGCUUUGCCAGUUGUUGGUGGCAAGUGGCACAUGCCAUGGCCCCAGAGUCACCUGCCAUUCCUCAAAGCCAUCUUCCUCAGCAUGACCUGCAUUCUCCAACUUUCUUCCCAUUUAGAGGUUUAAUUGGAAUUAUGCUCUUCCUUUUUUUCCCUCCAAGAAGGCUCUUUUCUGGAAGAUGUAUUUUGAGUGUAAACGUAACAGGACCUGCAAGAGAACCUCAGCUAAUUAGGUGUAAUGGGUGCUCUCAUUAGUGGAGGGGAGCUGCUGGUUUCUGUCAAUUAGGCUGGGAGGCCACGCUGUGGUGUUUGACACGCGGGUGGAUGCAAAAUGCUGUUUGUGUUUAUGGCUCCCUGGUGCUCUGCAGCCAAACCAGGGCUGUGCAGGCAGCUCUGCUGGUUUUGGUGCUCUUUGGAGGUGCUCCUUAGUGGUGCUAGAACUGAAGUCCCUGUGUACCCACCACAACCCCAAAUCUGUGGACAGAUUGGUUUUUAAUACAUCUUUGUGAGCUGGUCAUGGGGACUGAAGAGGAAAUACUUGAUCCAUCAGAUAUCUGUGCUAUUCUUAUCUUUAUCACUUUUACUGCAUCCUCCCACUUUCUUUCCCACAGCACAAGGACCAGAGUCUUCUAUGAACAUGCUUUUCUUCUUCUUUUUUUUUUUUUAAGGUGUUUGAUAGUACUAAAAGGGAUUCAAAGCAGCAGGGAUGCUUCUGGAACUGAAUAGGAAAAUAAUAAUAAAAAAAGAUACUA